AGUCGACAUUCAGUAUUCGGACUGACUGGUCGGAGUGUGACGGCACACAGCAGAGAAGACCGAGCUGGAAAAUGCAGCUCUUCGGAAAAAUGUUUCUUCUGCUUCUGGGGAUUUCUGUGACUCUGAGUGUCUCGGCUGAGCAGACAAAGGCGGUGGAGUUCAACGUCAAACCGGGAGGAGUUGUGCACACUUUCUCUGAGAGAAUCAGCGAGUAUGAGUGCAUCUUCACCUAUGCUUCACAAGGAGGAACUAAUGAGCAAUGGCUGAUGAGUGUGGGCCUGAGCGAAGACGACCAGCUGUUUUCUUGCUCCGUGUGGAGGCCUCAGGGAAAAUCAUACCUGUUUUUCACUCAGUUCAAAGCUGAGCUGAAAGGAGCCAAAAUUGAAUAUGCCAACGCUUUUUCAGAAACAGCAGUGACAGGCCAGCGUGACGUACCUCUGAAGCCAGACGAAUUUACCAUAGGAGAAUCAACAGUGACCCAAAGAGAUGGAAAGUUCAGCGCUCAGCUUUCCAAGCUGACCGUCAUUGGACGGACGAAACAUGACGAGCUCUGAUUGGACAGAAGUGUCGCUGAGCUGUGACCAGUCACAGCACCUCAGUGAACUGUGCUUCUGCUUGUUAGUAUCAGUGGAUUUCUUCCUGAGAAACGACCAAAAACUGAAGCAGGAUGGAGCUGAUCUUGGUUUGAGGGGACACGGUGAACCAGUUGUAGUACAUAUCCAGUCUUUUUCGCUCAUUUUUGGAUUUUGUCCUACAAAAGAUGAAGGAACCAACUGAUUAUCCACACUCUCCAGGAUCAAAAUCGGCCAUAAGACUACGUGCUUCUGAAGUUGUUUCUUAGUUUGUAAUGUAAAGAGAUUCUGGUUUGAUCCAGUGGGCGUGGGGAAUGUAUAGAUUGGUGACGGGAUGGGGUCUGCCCAGCUUAGAUACAUUUUAGAUUAGCAGGAGAUUUAUGCAUCUUGUGUAAUCCUGAGAGGAGAGUGAGUAAUCCCUGGUAUUGUGAAGCAGCACACAUCCAAACAAGCAGAAAUUGCUUUGUCUGACUGCGAGCCGCACCGCUGUUGAAAGAAGCACUUCAGUGUCUCCAUUUAUCUACAUCUGCUGCAGAUAACUCAAAGCAUCGCGUCUGAUCCCAGCCAGUUUUUUGUUUCCUGCUAUUUUUCUCCAACGAAACUAUACUACUUCAAAAAUAUGUCACAAAAAUAAUCAAAAUGCAACAGAUUUUUUUUUUAGGUUAUGCAAACUAUUGGCCAGUUUGAGUCUCUCUCUUUCUAUUUAAUGUAGGACUAUAGAUUUCCAAAUGGAGCUGAUAUCACUUUAUUCAAAUGCCAGAAGUGUUGAAACAGCCCUGAGCUGAAUAAUUAAGAAACCUCAGCGUUGCUUUAAGUUUUCUGGUAGCAGUAAUCCCCAACUAGAUCAAAGUUUUGUAGUCAAAUGCGAAAAAAGCAGUUGGGUUGGGGGGGAGAAAAAUCUAAAAAUUGAAGUCUGAAACAUUAGUGCAGAUGUUUAACUCGAAAGUAACAAAAUGUAAAGCACGCACAGACAUUUGGAAGUUUCUAGAUGAGGAAUAAAAAUGCCAGCACUCGCUCCCUCUCGAACCUCUGGCUUUCAUCUCUCGGUGCCACAUGUGGGGAUCAGUGAGAAUAUUGUGCAAGUUUCAGAAGUGCUUCAUUAUCACAUGCCCCUCGUCUCCCUCUCUCCCCUUCUCCUUCUUCUUCUUCUCUGCUCUCCCCUUUCUCUGUUAUUCUGUGCGGCCUCUUUAUCUGACUGGCAUUGAUCCAAACCCUCAAACAGCACAAGUGUCCAAGGAUUGAAUUCAGAUUGGAGGAUUUCUCUGAUUUGACUCUGCUCUUGGAUUAGCCGGGAUAGGCGGCGUACCUUCGGUGUCUUUCAUCUGGUGUCAAGGCGAUCCCCCGGAGCGGAGGAAACGCAGAGUCCCUUUGUCCCCAUCCAGGCUCUCUUUCUCUCUCGGGGGUGGGGGGGUGAGAACAGGAAAAGAUCACACCCGGACCUCGACCCGGCUCUGAGGAGAAAAAAACAACAACACAACUCGCGUUAUUAAUUUUGUACAUGCGGCUUUUCUUUUUCUACCUGUUGAUUGCUGUGAAUCAUGAUGAAACUCGAUGGGUGUUUGAAUAAAGACGCGUUGUCACCUC